AUGAUACGCCCGAUAGCGUUAUAUUCGUGUGAAACCUGGGCCACGACCAAAACAGACAAGCAAAACCUAGCAAGAUUUGAAAGAAAGGUGUUACGGCAAAUUUUUGGCCCCAGAAGAAACCAAAACACGGGAGACUAUGAGCAAAGGAAGAAUGAAGAGGUGAUAAACAUGUUAGAGGAUUCGGACAUAAUAGCUACUAUGAAAAUCAAAAGGAUAAGCUGGGCAGGGCAUAUAUGGCGAGGCCGAGAGCAGACAAUUGGCCAAGUCAUCUACUGGAAGCCGAAGAGCAAAAGAUCACUCGGCCGCCAAGACAAAGAUGGGUAG